AAUAAGUCGUGAUUUUUGUAUUAGUAAAAAUGAGAAAAAAAAUCAAACCAUAUUUCAUCGAAAUGUUUUAAAUUGAUUUCAUUGAUUGGUAUAACCUCAAACAUUUAAGUGACUAUGCUUUACUUUCGUUUUAUCUUAUUGCUUGUGUUCCAGCCGUCCAGUGUUUUUGUGCUGCUAUGGAUGUGGAUGAUGAUGAAAGUUUUGAAGAUGGAGAUUGGUAUAAUCAUCUUCUGGUCUACCAGCCAUCUGGUGUGUUAUAUGAAAUAUUCAAACACUUGGACUGGACGGACCUAUGUUCACUAGCCCAGACAUGUACAAAGUUCAGAGACCUUAUUUCAAAAGCCACAAUAUGGAUGCAGAUGAAGAUGUUAGAUUUAACAGAUUGCCCUCUCCCUAUGGCAGAGAGAUUGCUGGAUAUUAUAAAACGCUGUCCAAAUGCAGACUGUAUCAAAGUUGGAGAAUUAAUAUUAGAACAUUCCACUUUGGACAUUUUCCUCAAAUCACUUUUUGAUUGCUGCCAACAUUUAAAAAAAUUGCUAAUCAAUACAUCAUCUAUAAACAAUGAGAGUAUUGAAGUAUUGCACAAGAAGGGAGAUAACUUGGAGUUCCUGUCUGUAAAUCUGUAUGAAGAGUUCCUUGACAGUCAGCACCUGACACAAGUGAUAGCCCUAGAAAACCUGAGAGAGCUUCAUUUCCAACAAUGCAGAUCAAACAUUUUUGUUCCAAGAGUGGAGGACAACUCAACAUAUAACAUUAAAAAGCUCAUUCUGAGUGAUUCACUGCUGCUGGAAGAGAAUGUCAGAGAAAUAUUACGUUCCUGUGUACAUCUAGAACACCUAGAUCUACAAAACUCCAUCAGGGUGUUCCCAUCAAGUAAUUUACCUGGAAGAAAUGGAUUGAACAAACUAAAGGUUUUGAAUUUAGGACACAGUGGUUUACAAAGCCUUGAAAUAGACUAUCCUUUUCCAUGCCUUGAGUGUUUGAAUGUUGACAUGUGCCAAAAUUUAGAGUCUGUUAAAAUGGCAUCACCUCUUUUACAUCAAUUUUCAUGCAAUUCCUGUGAUGUCCUAGAAAGCCUAGAGUUAUCCCCCUGCAGUAUCAGUUCUAUACAUCUCACUUUAGAGUUACUUCAGUCUAUGCAAAUCAACAGUGUUUCUCUACAAGAAGUAGAAAUCUCUUGUAACAAAAGGUUGACUUGUGAAGCCUUGUUGGCAGCUAUUCCACACAAGGAUCAAAUAAAAAUACUGACUUUGAAUCGCUGUGACGGAAUAUCAGCAGCAGAUCUCAGUGAAAUUCUGAAAGAACUCCCUAAUGUGAGAGAACUAGGGGUGGAAGUGGGAGAACCAAAUAACCUUUCCGGCUGCCUCAUUCUGUCCAGUCUCCCCCUGACUGCCCCAUCCCUGUUUUGGCUGCCCCCUCCCUGUUUUGGGUACAGUGACCUUUUGACCUUUAUUUUACAGGUCUGCCUCAUUCUGUCCAGUCUCCCUGUGAGUGCCCCCUCCCUGCUGUCUCUACACCUCCAUGACUGCAGAGAUUUCCAGGAGGCUGAGCUGUUUGAUGGAUUAAUGUUUGGAAAAAGAAUACAGAGAGUGAGAGGAAUGGAAUGUCAGUGGAAUCAGGGAGUGGAUCCAGCUAUUUUUACAGAUCACAGUGGUGUGGAGAAUUUACAAGAGCUGUAUCUGACUGACAUGAAGGGCAUCAAAGGAACUGUUCUGUCGUCAGUCAUCAACAACUUUAGGUCCCUAUCAAAACUCGUCCUUAAACGAUGCAAUUUUCUCUCCCAACUGUCUGUAACAAACAGUACCAGUUUAGAAGUCCUCUGUAUAGAAAGCUGUCCGAAAUUCACCUCUCUAGAUAUUUGUGAUUCCCCAAAACUUGAUAUUCUUCAUGUUAAAUACUGCAGUAUGAUGGAGCAGUGUUUUGUGAUAGCCAAUCAGUUGACUGAUGUUGAUUUCACCGGGACCAACUUCUCCCACUUUAAGCUGUCCUCCUCUGUACUGAUAGAUGUACAGUUACAGGGAGUGUGUACCAGAGAGGAUAACACAUUAAAUCUGAGCUGUCCAGCCCUGAGAUCUGUGAACAUUCAGAAGUGUGACAUGUUGUCAGAUGAUACAAUGGCAAAUGUUUUCUGUCGCUGUCCUAAGCUGACCUCGCUUACAGUUUUGGGAACUCACCAGCUAAAGAAUUUACAAGUACCUGAAACUUUAGAAGUUCUUAGCAUGACUGGACUAAGGAGGUUACAGAAUGUCCAAGUUACUCAACCAACUAGAAUACACCAUCUUACAUUAAACAAUCUACCAAAGUUUACACCAGCUUUAAGAAGGGAACUUUUAAAAGAGUGUGAAGGAUCCUUAGAAAUUCUGGAGGUUCGGGCCAUCCCAGGGGAGAUAAAUUUGUCAGUAGAGCUGUCCCAGUUACAAUCACUAACGCUAGACCAGGGGAUUCACCUCUCCACUCUGUGUAUCAAGUGUCCAAAGCUAUCUUCUCUUCGAGUGCAAGGCUGUCCUAAAUUGUCUCAUCUUGAGAUAGAAAUAGAAAAGCUGUCCCAGAUUCAAAUUCACCACAGUGCAAGACUUCAGGCUCUCCGUCAUAUGUCAAUAAAAAUCCCCACUAUCAGGCGCUUAUCCACUGUACUAGCUCAUUAUACCCCAAAUUUACAGUCACUGACUCUUGAGGGAAGUAAAACUUCUAAAGAGGAGAUUGUGAAACUAGGCAGAUUACUGUGCUGCUUAGAAAAACUUAUUUUAAAGAACUGUGUCGAAGAGAAUUUUUGUGGUGAAAGGUUUAAUCCUUUAUUUCUUGGACGAAGGAAUAAUAUUCCAUUGAAUGUGUUAAGGACUUGAUAGUGUGGACUGCUUUUAUGUUCUGUGAUAUGAAAUUCAUCAUUUGGAUAAUUAAUAUAAACAUACAUGAAACAAACAUUUGUUUGGGAAAGAAAUGUCCAAUUUUGUUUUGCAUUUUUGCCUAAAAGGAAAUGGAAGUAUACUGGAUGUUAUAAACACAUUGCUGCUUUCUUAUAUUCAACUCUCUUCAGAUGAUGAAAAUGUUACACCAUCAAGUUUCAAGGAAAAAAACAUACUAUUUUUAAGUAGAGUACAUGUAUAUGCAAUAAAAUAAUUAUAAAUGCGCAAUGACAGUUAUUGUUAUAAGGGAAAAUAUGCUCAGAAAAUAUAUUUUUCUCCCUGUUAUGUUUACUUCCUGAAAAGAAACAAGCAAAUCACUUGUUU